GACCCAAAUAGGAAAUACCGGAAAGUUUGACAGCAUGAAGUAAACAUUGAAGUUAACGCUCAGAUAAACACAAUUCUGUUUCUCUCAGAGUGGAUACAAUGAACAGCAUGUCGCCUGAAGUUGCUCUGCACCGUAUCUCUCCUGAGCUGCGUCCUUUGCUGAGCAGCGUGGUCAGGAAUGGACAAGUGGGGCUCGACUCUACCAACUGUCUGCGGGUCACAGAUCUCAAAACUGGAUGCACAUCUCUGACUCCAGGUCCUUGCUGUGAUCGCUUUAAACUUCACAUUCCAUAUGCUGGAGAAACCCUGAAAUGGGAUAUUAUCUUCAAUGCACAAUAUCCAGAACUACCUCCAGAUUUUAUUUUUGGAGAAGAUGCAGAGUUUCUCCCUGAACCCUCAGAGCUGCCACACCUGGUCCACUGGGAUGCUGGAAACCCCGAGUGUUUGCUGCAGCUGGUGAAGGAGCUCAUCCAGCAGUACCAUCAGUACCAGUGCCAGCGCCUGCGUGAGAGCUCCAGGCUGCUGUUUGAGUAUGACAGCUUGCUAGAAGAUCCAAACUACGGACAGAAUUUAGAAAUUUAUGCAGGACGGAAAAACAGCUGGACAGGAGAGUUUUCAGCUCGCUUCCUUCUUAAACUCCCUGUGGACUUCAGCAACAUCCCUGUGUAUCUCCUUAAGGACACAGCUCUGGACCCAGGGGAAGAUGUGGCUCUUCUCUCGGUGAGCUUUGAGGAUGCUGAAGCUUCCCAAGUCUUCCCUAAACUUUACCUCUCCCCAAGCAUUGAGCAUGCUCUGGGAGGCUCUUCUGCACUUCAUAUCCCUGCAUUUCCCAGUGGAGGAUGCCUAAUUGAUUAUGUCCCUCAAGUGUGUCAGUUGCUCACCAACAAGGUGCAAUAUGUCAUCCAAGGUUAUCACAAGAGGAGGGAGUACAUUGCUGCUUUUCUCAGCCACUUUGGAACGGGGGUAGUGGAGUAUGAUGCAGAAGGAUUCACAAAACUCACUCUUUUACUUAUGUGGAAAGAUUUCUGCUUCCUGGUUCAUGUGGAUCUCCCACUGUACUUUCCCAGGGAUCAGCCGACUCUCACCUUCCAGUCUGUGUACCACUUCACCAACAGCGGACAGCUUUAUUCUCAAGUGCAGACGUCGUAUCCUUACAGCCCACGCUGGGACGGCAACGAGAUGGCCAAAAGAGCAAAGGCACACUUCAAGAGCUUCAUCCCUCAGUUUCAAGAGGCAGCCUUCACCAAUGGAAAGCUCUAAUGUUCCUUCUCACUUCAUAUCUGGAAAUUUCUGCGUAUUAUGCGAAUGUGUGUGUGUGUGUGUGUGUGUGUGUACGGCCUUGUGUGUGUCUAAAAACAAAGACAUGCACAGUUUGUUGGGAGAGGCCACUUUUCUCUUUGACUUUCCAGUCCAGACCGUGAACAUCAACCUUGGUAAUUGACCUUUGUAGCACUGUAAAAGCUUUUAUUUUGAAAACUCUGAGAGGGACUUAUUGUGACAAAUUGUACAUCCUUAUAGUAAAAAUGUUUUAGUUGUGCUUCUGCCGACUUCACACAAGGAUUUAUACUGUUUUCAUCAAAAAGAGCU